CAGUUAUUCCACAACUGACCGGCACCCAAACUCACUUGGUAUCACUCGUAGAGCUGAUGAGCCCGUUGAGCUUAUUGACUCUGACAUUUUGUAUUCGCCGUGUAGAUUACAGUCAUCGUUUCAGCUUAGUUUACCGUUUUUGUUUUCAGUCUUGAGUCGUUUAGUUCACCAUCAUGCUACGUUCCGUGCUCCGUGCGUCGACGACCCGCCUCGGUGUGACCGGAUCGCGGUUCUGCAGUAGUGCUGCGGAUAAGUUGGUCAUCACCGAGGUGGACGACAAGACCGGAUAUGCGACGGUCACGCUGAACCGUCCACCGGUCAACAGUCUCAACCUGGAGCUGUUGACGGCCAUUUCGGAGACGCUGGAUGACCUGCAGAACAACAAGUCGCGAGGGAUGAUACUGACAUCGUCUUCUAAAAGUGUGUUCAGCGCAGGAUUAGACAUUAUGGAGAUGUACAAACCAAAAGUCGAUCGCAUGAAGGAGUUUUGGUCUACUCUGCAGGAUGUCUGGUUCAAGCUGUACGGAUCACCGUUCCCAACGGUGGCUGCGAUCAACGGUCAUUCCCCUGCAGGAGGUUGUCUGCUGUCACUGUGCUGCGAGUACCGGGUCAUGUGCCAGAACUACACGAUCGGGCUGAACGAGACUCGGCUGGGAAUUGUGGCACCGACGUGGUUUAUGGCAUCGAUGCGUAACGCCAUGUCCCGCCGGGACGCCGAAAUGGCGCUGACGCUGGGAACGCUCUUCACCACGGAUGAAGCCCUUGAGGUUGGCCUGGUUGAUGAGGUAGCUACGAGCAAGGAGGACGCGAUCGCUAAAGCUACGGCCUUUUUGGACAAAUUCAAAAAGAUUUCACCCCAAGCUAGAUCGAUGACCAAACAGGCUCUUCGUAGCAAGGAUAUUAUGGAACUGGAAGAUAACAGAACUCAGGAUAUCGAUUUGUUCGUGUAUGCAGUCACACAACCCAAGGUCCAGAAGGGACUGGAAAUGUACCUCGAAGCAUUGAAGGCAAAGUCUGCAAAAUAAUCUAGUGAUAAAAAGUCUGAUGCAUUUCAUGUUUUGUUUAGUUUUCCAUAAAUACAGGCAGUUUGUGUCAAAUUUUCUAUAAA